GGAAAUAUUUACGAGUAGUCACGUAUUUAAUAAAACUUUAUUGUCAUUAAAGAUGGCAACAGUUGUAAUACAGCAUGGAAAACUUCAAGGCAAAAAAUCGCAGAACACCAAUGGAUUUGAGUACAAUGAGUUUUUGGGAAUACCUUACGCCAAACAACCGGUGGGACAACUUAGGUUUAAGAGUCCCCAACCGCCUGAUAAAUGGGCCGGAGUAAGAGAUGCUACAGUGGUCAACCCAAACAACGUAGGAUUGCAAUUUGAUAUGUUCAGCAGUCAGAUUAUCGGGAGUGAAGACUGUCUGUAUCUUAAUGUAUAUACUCCCAAGAUACCUGAUGGAGAAUCCAAAUUACUUCCCGUAAUGGUAUUCAUACACGGCGGGGGUUUCGUAGUUGGAAAUGGAAUAUUAGAAAAUGAACAUGGACCAAAUUUUCUUAUAGAACACAAUGUAGUCAUAGUUACCAUCAACUACAGACUUUCCGUUUUAGGUUUUUUGUGCUUAGAUAUACCUGAAGCAGCUGGUAAUAUGGGUUUGAAAGAUCAGGUCAAAGCUCUUGAGUGGGUGCAAAAUAACAUAGUACAUUUUAGUGGCGACAAAGACAACGUUACUAUAUUUGGAAUAAGCGCUGGUGCUGCAUCUGUUGAAUAUCAUUUAUUAUCACCCAAAUCCAAAGGUCUAUUCCAUAAAGCGAUUCUGCAUUCUGGCUCCUGUCUUAAUCAUUGGGCAGUUAAUUACGAACCAAAGAAGCUAGCAUAUCAACUGGCCACAAAGUUAGGUUACAAUAACUCUUCAGAAGAUGUAUACGCUUUAAAAGAAUUUCUGUUGAAUAUCCCUGGAACAGAUCUAAUAGCGGCUUCUUCUCAAAUAUGCGAAAAUUAUACAACAGAAAAAGCCAGAAUUUUCUUUGGUUUCGUACCAACUGUAGAAAAAGAUUUUUCGAACGGCGAUGCAUUUCUUAGAGACCUUCCGUAUCGCUUACUAAAGCAAGGUCUUUUUUACCACGUUCCUAUUAUCAAAGGAUUCUGUAAUAGAGAGGGUUAUUUAACGUAUGUGCUUAAGCCUAAAGCAAUAUUAGACGUCCAAGAGAAUAAAAACUUCACUUCUUAUUGGUCAUUUGAACUAGAUUCAGAUGACAAAAUUAAAUAUAGAGAAGAAAUGAAGGAGGCUUAUUCGAUGAACAUAAAACCUGGAGACGACGAGGACAAAGUUGGAGUAGAUUUCUUCAGUGAUUUUGAUUUUGUAUCCGGAAUUUGGACCAGUGGCAAGUUAAUAGCUCGAAAAGGGGUACCUGUGCGAUUUUAUGACUUUUCUUAUGAAGGAAAAAUCAACUUUUUCAAAGUAGCUUUUGGUAUAAAAAGAACUGGAACCGCCCACGGCGAUGACCACACUUACAUUUUGUACAAUAAGGUCGCAAAGGAGGCACAGGGUCAUGAUUUAAUCAUAAGAAACACUAUGUGCCUAAUGUGGACUAAUUUCGCUAAAUCAAGUUGUCCUACACCGCCAGACAGUAUGGGAGAGCUAAUCGAGUGGCCCGUGUACACAGAAGAUAAUCCUGUAUAUCUGAGAAUUGACAAAAACAUCGAAGUACUAAGUGACUACGAACCAAAUAGAAUGUCUAUAUAUGAAGAAAUUUAUGAAAAAUACGAAAAAUGA